GAAUAGAACACAUUCUAGUUGCCACGCUCGUUAGAAGAAAAUAAGUCCGGCAUGUAUGAAGUGGCGCCAAGCUCUUAACAAGGUCGAACACUUUCAACGAAGAAGCGGCGAAAAUAUGGAGGAUGAGCUCAUGAAUGUUAAAUCAACGUACUACGACUCGGAAGGUUGCGAUUUUGUGUUUGAGCAUUGUUGGCAAUACUUGAAAAAUACGGAAAAGUUUGGGAAAACGCCAUCAAUGGAAAACACCCACUUUAGUGUUCCUAAUCAUGUCAACUUGGAUGACGAUGGAACACCCACUACUGAGGAUGAGCUUCCCUCAUCAAGAAAGGCACGUCCUCAAGGACAGAAAGCUCAGAAGCUAGCUAAGAAAAAAGGCAAUAAGCAGGAUGCGGAUGGCCUACGAGUUCAAAUGCAGAAAUGUUAUGAACAAACCGAACGCGAGUACCAACAAAGGCAAAGACAGUUUGUGGAAUGUCAACUAAUUGAGCAACGCGCUGAGGAUGCUCGCACGAUGCAGGUGGAUCCAUCAAUUUUCACCCCAAGAAAGAGGAGUUAUUGGGAGAGGAAGCAACAACAAAUAAUUGAUGUUUCUGUAUGA